AUGUUGCCCAACACACCCGGCUCGCCGCAGAUGCGGCUGAGGCGUUGGAACUUUGCCGGAAACGCUCCUGAGCUGCCACAGCUUUCAAGGCGAAUGAAGCGGGGCGCGAAGGCCAUGCGCGACCUCCGGCCACUAGCAGAAAACACACCGAACCAGCGACCUCUAACCGAGCGGACCUUGGAUGCGGCACAGGACUGGAGCGUGAACAGCACACCCAGGGGCGCCAGGGCUGGUGCAACCGCCACCUGUGGUCUGGAACUUUCUGAGGAAUCCAGGAGCCAUUUCUUCGGGCACCGCACAGGUUUGGAUGUCGAGGCCGAGCUGCAACGUCAGGCUGUUCUCCUGAAGGGUCUUCUGCGGGAUGUCGCCAUCAUGCGGGACACAGUCUGGCACCUAUCGGACGAGCUAGCCUGUGUCUCGGCACCUCAGAACGAUCUUGAGCAGCUUUCAGCAGAUGUAAGGGAACUGCAGCAGGCUUUCAGCUGCUUCAGUCGCCAGGAUUUGGAGGAAGUGGAACGCGCAAAGCUCGCGUCCUACCAAGAGAGCCGCAGCCUCGAGGAGACACGUUUGGAAGAGGAUGCUUCCGCGAGCUUCCGCGAGCUCGAGACCCGCUUCGAAGAGCAUAGCCGGAUGCUGGAGAGCAGGUUUGAGGAUCUGAAUCCUAGCAUUAAGCACCUUGAGACACGCCUGGAAGAGCACAAGAACACACUAGAUGCCCGUUUCGGCGAUCUACACCUGAGCUGGCUUGAGGCCAGGUUCGAGGAGCAACGGCAACUGCUGGAGAUGCGCUUCGCUGAGCACAAGCACUUGGAGACGCGCUUCGAGGAGCACCGGAGUAGCCUCAGCAGCGCUCUGGAGGCUCGCUUGGAGGACGUGCAAGGACUGCACCACAGAAUGGCGGAUCUGGAGCUUUGGCUUCGCAACGAGGUGCUACUCCAGCUCUCUACCAACACCGCCGAAGAGGUGAUCGAGCAAGCCUCUGUUUCAGUGACGCCACUGCUCCGUCAGCGGGCCGAGGAGAUCGCCGAGCGGGCACGGCCAGCAACGUCGCCUGCAGUGAGCGGUGCUGGUGGCCAGCAACGUCCCAGUUCGCCUGGGUUCUUGUCUCUGGUCCUCCAUGCAGAGCGGGUGGCAGAGGUCGCCGCCGACAUAGCACGAGAGGUGGUCCAUUCCGUGCUCACGAACGCGGAGCUCCAGGUUGGAGAGACGCCCCCACCACAAACGCCCCCGCCACAGCUUUGA